UCUCUCUCUCUCUCUCUCUGUGGCUGCUGGAUGGCAUUUUAUUCCCUUUCACUCUCAGUCUCUUUCCACUCUCUGCUGCUCUCUUCGCAUUAGCACAGCUGUUACAAGCCUUCUCAUUCGCUCCCUCGUGCUCUGACUUGCACGCUCACAGUCUUGGGUCGUAACCCCGGCGUCUCUUUCUUCUGCCGCUCGCACACUGUCAACUUCAUACUCCUUUUCUCUCUCUCUCUCUCUCUUUGUCUCUCUCUCUCCGUCUCUUUCUCCUUUUCUGUUUUGCACACACACACUGUCUUGAGUCAUACACCCUUUCUCUCGACACUCUUGCACGCAUCAGCAUUCACACAUUUUCCACUUGCUGUGGCAGCAGCGCACUCUCACACACUCACACACUUUCACCCACUAGCUCUCACAUUGGUACACACCCUCUCUCUUCUCCCUGCUCUCUAUUCCUCUCUGCCAGUAUCACACACACACACUCUCUCUCUCUCUCUCUCUCUCCCUCUUCCUCUCUCUCUCAGUCCUUGUCUGCGCGCCACCAGAGUAACAUGUUGCCUCGUCGCAGCAGCACCAAGCGGUAAGAAGAGACUGAUAGCUCCAUAUCCGUCUGAGGAAGAAGAGGAGAGAGGAAGAAGAAGGUGGAAGAGAAGGGAAAGGACCGACAGCCUCAUCUCCCCUCCCCUUUAUUUUUCAGCCCAACCUGUUUUUCUGAGAGGAGGGAGAAGAAGUAGAGGUGGUAGAGGAGGAGGAGGAGGAACACCCACCUUCACUCUGUUUUGACUCGUUUGGCCACCUGAAGCAGAGGGAGCAGAGUGGGGAGGCAAGAAGAGGAAGCAAGGAGCAGCUGCACACCUUUUCACUCUUCCAUCCAUCACAGCCCUGCAAACUUUCGAGGAGGAAAAAGAGGAGGGAUUUUGAAGAGGAGGAAGAGGAGCAAAGGGGUGCAAAAGCAUCCCCCACUCCCUUGACCCCCUCAGGUCACUGUUGGUCAGAAAGGUGCAGACCAUCCAUCAUCGGCAGCUCCCCAUGUGGCAGGAGGCUCUGCGGACCCGCGGACGCUACCUGCUGGAGAAGAGCGAUGGCGGGGAAGGUGGCGAGGGGCCCGAUGGCCCCGGGGACGGGUGCUCGGGGACCCUGGGUGAGGUGUGCGUGGAGGGCGAGAAGCCCCAGGACUGGCUGUAUGAGUCGUACUACAGGAUGAGCCAGCAGCACCCGCUGAUCGUGUUCCUGCUGCUGAUCGUCAUGGGAGCCUGCCUCGCUCUGCUGGCCGUGUUCUUCGCUUCUGGACUGGACAUAGAGGACCACCUGGCAUUCCUGAUCACAGUGCCCACCACCCUCUUCCUCUUCCUCUCCAUCUUCAUCCUUGUCUGCAUUGAGUCCAUCUUCAAGAGGAUGCUCCGCCUCUUCUCUCUCCUUAUAUGGGCUUGUUUGGUCGCCAUGGGUUACCUGUUCAUGUUCUCAGGAGGAAUACUUUGUCCCUGGGACCAGGUUUCCUUCUUCCUGUUUAUAGUGUUUGUGGUGUACACCAUGCUGCCCUUCUCCAUGAAAGGAGCCAUUAUCGCCAGUGUAGUCACCUGCUCCUCACACACUGUCACCCUUUGCGUCUGUCUGGUCUCUACCGUCAAAGAACUGGAACCACUUGUCUGGCAGAUCUUAGCCAAUGUGAUCAUCUUCACCUGUGGUAACCUGGCUGGGGCGUAUCACAAGCAUCUGAUGGACCUGGCUCUCAAACAAACCUACCAAGACACCUGCAACUGCAUCAAGUCCCCCAUCAAGCUAGAGUUUGAAAAGCACCAACAGGAGCGCCUGCUGUUGUCCCUGCUGCCCUCCCAUAUAGCCCGGGUGAUGAAAGCCGAGAUCAUCCAGAGGCUGCAGGGUCCAAACUUUGGCCGAGCAGAGAGCACCAACAACUUCCACAACCUCUACGUGCAGCGGCACACCAACGUCAGUAUUCUGUAUGCCGACAUCGUGGGCUUCACCAGACUGGCCAGCGACUGCUCCCCAGGCGAACUCGUGCAUAUGCUCAACGAACUCUUCGGCAAGUUUGACCAGAUAGCAAAGGAAAACGAGUGUAUGCGAAUCAAGAUCCUGGGAGAUUGCUACUACUGUGUGUCCGGCCUGCCUGAGUCUCUGCCUCACCACGCCAGGAACUGUGUGAAGAUGGGCCUGGAUAUGUGUGAGGCCAUCAAGAAGGUCCGAGAUGCGACCGGAGUUGACAUCAACAUGCGUGUCGGCGUGCAUUCUGGGAACGUCCUGUGCGGCGUCAUCGGCCUCCAGAAGUGGCAGUAUGACGUCUGGUCACAUGAUGUCACACUGGCCAACCAUAUGGAGGCGGGGGGAGUGCCAGGGAGGGUGCACAUCUCCUCGGUGACGCUGGAGCACCUGAAGGGCUCCUAUAAGGUGGAGCCGGGAGACGGGCAGGGCAGAGACUCCUACCUGAAGGAGCACGGAGUGGUCACCUACCUGGUCGUCAACCCAAAGACUGAGAGGCACAGCCCACUCCUGGGUGUCCGCUCACGUCCCUCUCUGGAUGGGGGGAAGAUGCGGGCCUCUGUCAGGAUGACGCGCUACCUGGAGUCCUGGGGCGCCGCCAAGCCCUUCGCCAACCUCCACCACCGGGACAGCAUGACCACCGACAACGGCAAGAUCAACACCACGGAUGUUCCGAUGGGGCAGUACCACUUCCAGAGACGAGAACGGUCCAAAUCUCAGAGGAGGAGGUUUGAGGAGGAGCUCAAUGAGCGAAUGAUCCGCACCAUCGAUGGCAUCAACUCGCAGAAGCAGUGGCUCAAGUCCGAGGACAUCCAGAGGAUCUCACUGUUCUUUCACAAUAAGACGCUGGAGAAGGAGUACAGAUCCACAACGUUACCCGCCUUCAAGUACUAUGUAACCUGCGCCUGCCUCAUAUUCUCCUGUAUCUUCAUCGUGCAGAUCCUGGUCCUGCCCAAAACUGCUGCACUGGGGAUCUCCUUUGGAAUGGCAUUCCUGCUCUUGGCACUGAUCCUGCUCAUAUGUUUUGCUGGUCACAUUCUGCAGCGAGGGAAGGGAUCUCUCUGCUCCCUUACCUGGUUUCCCACUUCCUCUCACAUCAUCAUUGCCAACAAACCCUGGCUGCGACUGGUCGUCACCAUAAUGACCACCACCCUCAUACUGGUGAUGGCCGUCUUCAAUAUGUUCUUCCUGGAAGAUGAAGUCCUAUCAGCUGUUCCACCUGUGAAUCUAACCAAUGACAGCCUGUUGGACUCCCAUGGCCCCAUCCAGCUCGCAGGUGAAAACAAGUUUUACCUGCCUUACUUUAUCUACUGCUGUAUACUGGGCCUCGUGUCAUGUUCGGUAUUUCUGCGGAUCAACUACGAGCUGAAGAUGGUAGUAAUGCUGGUUGCCGUGGUGAUAUACAACAUCAUCAUUCUCCAGACACAUGCACCCCUGCUGGAUGGAUAUAGCAAAGCGCUGUACCGCACUCAGACACUGGAUAGACCAGGGGUCCUCAAGGAUCUAAAGACCAUGGGCUCUGUGUCUCUUUUCAUCUUUUUCAUCACUCUUCUUGUAUUAGCCAGGCAGAAUGAAUAUUACUGUAGGUUAGACUUCCUGUGGAGGGACAAGUUCAAGAGGGAGUGCGAGGAGAUUGAAACCAUGGAGAACCUCAACCGGGUUCUGCUGGAGAACGUGCUGCCGGCCCACGUCGCCGAGCACUUCCUGGGACGCAACUGGAAGAAUGAGGAUCUAUAUCAUCAGUCAUAUGAGUCGGUGUGCGUUAUGUUUGCCUCCAUCCCCGACUUCAAAGAGUUUUACACCGAGUCCGAUGUCAAUAAGGAAGGGCUGGAGUGUCUGCGUCUGCUCAACGAGAUCAUAGCAGACUUUGAUGAGCUGUUGUCCAAGCCGAAAUUCAGUGGAGUGGAGAAGAUAAAGACCAUCGGUAGCACCUACAUGGCUGCAACAGGACUCAAUGCAACACCGGGACCAGACUGCACACAGGAGCAUGACAGGCAGUACAUGCACAUCGGCACCAUGGUGGAGUUUGCCUUCGCUCUGGUCGGGAAGCUCGACGUCAUCAACAAACACUCCUUCAAUGACUUCAAGCUCAGAGUUGGGAUUAACCACGGACCGGUGAUUGCGGGGGUUAUCGGGGCCCAGAAACCUCAGUAUGACAUCUGGGGAAACAGCGUGAACGUAGCCAGCAGGAUGGAGACCACAGGGGUACUGGGGAAAAUACAGGUAACGGAGGAGACAAGUCACAUCCUGUUAACGCUGGGGUACAUGUGCUCAUGUCGAGGCAUCAUCAACGUGAAGGGCAAAGGAGAGCUGAAGACCUACUUUGUUCACACAGAGAUGACCCGGUCUCUGUCACAGGGGACAGUGAUGCCCUGAGCACGGCACGCACGCGUACAAAAUCGACAGACUUGAAAACACAAAUCCCACACACAAAGCAGCUGUAGACGUGAUUCGCCAUGACUCUGUGAGUACAACGCCAUCGCCAGAAGCCAGCGGUGCCCGUGGAUAGACUGCAGUCGAGGCCCACAUCCCUCCUCCUUCCCUAGCAACACAAAGUAGAGCAGGGCUGAGGCACGACGCUACAGUCCUUCAACGCUGCACUACGGAUGGUUUUCAUGCCUGGAGUGUGUCGAGGACAUCGCUCAGCGGAGUCUCUUGGCUGUGGAUCGGAGCGCCUGACUGAAGGGAGGUUUGUUGAAACCAGAGGACAGUGCAGCUCUCAAGGACUGCAGUCACCCACCUGUACAGUACUAGUGGUGAGGAGAUAAUUAACCAUGCCAGUGUUGCAGUGCUUCAGAGCCUUACAUUUCAGUGCACUGAGCUGCCUGCCGAGCUGUGUUGUUUUUUGUUUUUUUUUUAAUGGGUGCCUGGUUGGCACUGUGAGCCGGUCUGUUCCAUUUUAUUCCAAACAGACGUUACAAUAGUUAAUUGUCAUAUACAGCGUUCGAUUCCAACAAAUUCGCCAGCGUGAUGGGUAGUUUGCCAAAAAUCUGUGAAUUGUAUUUAUAGCUUCAGAGCUGUGUUUCUGUCCCACUGAAGAGUAGGUGGCUCAGACAGAAGAUUCAAGGUGCAAACUGGAGUUCUUUCUUUCUUUCUUUCUUUCUUUCUUUUUUUUUACUUCAUCUGGAACCAAACCAACAGUAUGUAAAUUUUC